AUGUUACUUAGGUUUAGUCCUUUACAGUUUACCAUCUCUAAGAUCGCCAUUAAGUCUGUUCAUUGUGAUCCCGGCGUGGGGACCGAUGCCUUUUAUGACCUGAUAUAUAGACGUCCCAGAAUAUUGAUGGUAAUUGGCAGCGCCUGCUCGGAGGUUACUGAAACCCUCGCCGAAAUUGUGCCUUACUGGAACCUAAUUCUUGUGUCCUAUGCAUCUACGUCACCUGCCUUAAGUGAGAGAGAAAAAUACAAAACGUUCUUUAGGCUGGCACCGACGGACGCUGCCAACAAUCCUGCGCGCGCACUCUUCUUACAGCACUUCCGAUGGAAUACUGUGGCAACUUUGUAUGAAAAUAAGGAAGAAUUUUAUUUGGCAAUGGCAGAACUUACCCCAUUCUUGGAACAGCAUAACAUAUCGGUGAAGGCAACAGAGUCGUUUGGAACAAAAGAAGGAGAAAUUACAACAAAGAUGAAAUCCCUUAAAGAUUCGGACGCCAGAAUAAUUAUCGGAGCUUUCUCAGAGCCUGCUGCGAGGCAAGUGGUGUGUGAGGCAUAUCACUUGAAAAUGUACGGUGCCCGAUAUGUGUGGCUGAUCAUUGGAGACUUUGUAGAGAAAUGGUGGACAAUGGUAAAUGAUACAGAUUGUUCACAGGAAGAAAUACGUUCUGUUGCUGAGGGCUAUUUUACUGUGGCCAGUUUCAAUACGUUUAAGUAUGGGAAAGGAAUGUCCGUAGCUAAUAUAACAUUUGACGAUUUCCAAAAAGACUAUUUGGCACUAAAUGGUACGACACCCAUGAGUCCAUACGCAACAAGCGCGUACGACACAGUAUGGACUGUGGCCCUAACUCUCCGGAACCUUCUACGGAAGUCGGACAUCCAGUUGAACACUGUAGCCUAUGACGAUGCAGAGGGUUUGGUUAGAGAGAUGAUGAAAACGCUAGAAGACCUCACUUUUGAUGGUUUAUCAGGACCAGUCUCAUUCCAGGGACCUGACCGCAGAGGAUUAGCAGUGGUCAAGCAAAACCAGGGUGGGCAUAUGGCGACAGUCGCAAUGUACGAGCUGGACAAGGAAAUUUUGAACUUCCGGUGUCUUGAAUGUGUCGCUGUCGAUUGGACAGAUGGAAAAAUACCAAAAGACAAAGUUCUUAUCGUUAUGCAUAAAAAAAUGAUAGAUGAUGGUGUGUUUUACGUCAUAACCUCCUGUUGUGCUGUGGGAAUAAUUGCUGCGACGUGUUUUUUGUGCUUCAACCUUUGUAAACGUAAAUCAAGGUACAUCAAGCUGUCCAGCCCUACACUAAACAAUGUAGCGGUUGGUGGAUGUAUAUUGGUAUAUGGUGGUGUCAUGCUUCUGGGAUUUGACGACAGACGUAUCAAACAAGACCAAUAUCCUGUGUUUUGUACGACACGAGCGUUUUUCUUCGCUGCUGGGUUUUCCUUGGCAUUCGGCUCCAUGUUCACUAAAACCUAUCGGGUUCAUCAAAUAUUCACAAGGGCAAACCGUGGUCUAAUAAAGAACAAGCUACUGAAGGACAAACAACUGCUGUUUAUUAUCGGUGCUCUACUCGUGAUCGACUCUUCCAUUUUAAUCGUGUGGAUCUUUGUCGACCCUAUGCAUAGACAGAUCGCCAACUUGACUGUUGGGCCUUCAGACAACGAUAUAGAUGUGUGGUAUAUAUCACAAAUUUCAACCUGUCAUUCCAACCACAUACAGAAAUGGCUCGGUGCUUUCUACGCCUUCAAAGGACUUCUACUCGUCUUUGGUGUGUAUAUGGCGUGGGAGACAAGGAACGUAAAGAUUCCCGUGCUGAAUGACUCCCAAUAUAUCGGUCUAAAUGUUUACAACGUUGUAUUGAUGAGCAGUAUCGUUGUGGUGUUGUCGAACAUACUGUCCGAUCAACCAACAAUGGCGUAUGUUUUGGAAUCUGCCUUUGUCCUCCUGUCUACUUCCGUCACAUUGUGCUUGCUCUUCGUGCCAAAGAUAUAUGCCAUAUUGACGUGUAAGGGCGACCCAGUAGUGGUGUCUUCGGGAAUUGUUGUGGAGGACAAGACCAGACGUUUCGUGGUAGACGAAAAGCGAGAUUUAUACUACAGAGCUGAGGUGCAGAAUCGGGUAUACAAACGGGAGAUAGUUGAGUUGGACCAGGAAAUCUGUAGGUUGGAGCGUAUGUUAGAAUUGCCACUCCAGCCAUUUCCUAAGCUGACGGACGAUAUUCUUCACUUACUUCCGGAAUCCCGCGUUGAUCCCUCCCCUGCCAUUAAGCGCCGUAGAUUACAGGAACAAGAAAGGUGCAACUCUAUUUCUGAUGGAGGCGAGGUUUGCUUUGGUCUUUCCUCUGAAACAUCCGGUGACGAUUUUGUACUUCCGGUACAAAAUUCCCUACAUCCAAACACAAAACCUGUCAGGAGGAUGAGCAUACGAGAAGCAGCAUCAGCUACAGCCAAAAAACUUUCCGAAUUGCGACGGAGUUUAAGCUUUAGAGCACCAUCCCGCAAGGGGGGAUUUUCAGCUAGUGAAAUGUCAAGGGACUCUCAUGCCUCUAAAAGCGAGUUUUCACUGAGACGUUAUUUUAAUGAUAUCGAUAUUGUUACAGAUGAUGCGUUUUGUAAUACAGACUUAUCCUCGAUAAGUCGAAAAUGGAACACAGAUUCAACAAUUUGUGAACGUUCUCGAGAGUGCCAAAGUAACAGAAAACCAAAUCGAAUGGACGAUUCAAGGCACGGAAGCAAAAAAUGUCGUCGGAAAUCGAACGUUUUUGAUCUACAAGUGAAAAUAACGCCCUGCUCUGACGAUGAAAGUUCCGUUGAAAGUACAGCCUUUUGUGAAACUAAGAAAGGCAACACCAAAGUAUGUAUAUCAAAAGACAUACAUCGAGGAGAUUGCAUGAGACCGUGUAAGUCCACUGGUGACAUGAGUUAUCUCCCCCUUUGUCGGGUAACAGACGUAGAUAAAGAUAGAGAGGGUAAAACGGUGUCCAAACUUCAGAAUAUUGAACAUUUGAUCGCAAGGGAGAGACGCCGACGUAUCAUCAAACUGCAAAGUGACCUUGUGAAAAUACAGCACGAGCUCAAGGCUCUUAGCGAUUUAGAAUAUGAAGUGUCAGAUGUAUGA